AUGGCACCUACCGGCAAGCCGUCCCAGUUCAGCGAUGCUGCUCUUCAGCACCGUUUGGAGCUCGCAGGAGGCACCGGACCCGCAGCCCUGUUCAGAAACUUGCGAGUGUUCGGCGUCGCCUGCUUCGCCUGCAUUGGUGGCCUGCUGUACGGAUACAAUCAGGGUGUCUUCUCAGGUGUUUUGACAAUGAAUGCAUUCGGGAACCACAUGGGCUCGUACAUCACAAACACAACCAAGAGGGGCUGGCUCACGUCAAUUUUGGAGCUGGGCGCCUGGUUCGGCACGAUGUACUCUGGCUUCCUCGCCGAGAUCCUUUCGCGAAAAUACGCCAUCAUUGUCAACACCAUGAUCUUCAUCCUCGGUGUCAUUGUCCAGUGCACUGCCACGAGCGCUGGGCAUUCGGCUAUCCUUGGAGGUCGAUUUGUCGUCGGUAUGGGAGUCGGGAGUAUCUCUAUGAUCGUCCCAAUGUACGUCGCCGAAUGCUCACCGCCUGAACUUCGCGGUCUUAUGAUCGGGUUGCAACAGUUCGCAAUCGAGUUUGGUAUCAUGGUUUCUUUCUGGAUCGACUACGGCACCAAUUAUAUUGGCGGCACCGGUGACGGGCAAUCAGAUGCAGCGUGGCUUGUUCCACUGGCACUUCAGCUCGGGCCUGCGCUGAUUCUCGCCGUCGGCAUGUUCUUUAUGCCUUUCACACCUAGAUGGCUGGUCCACCACGGACGGCCCGACGAGGCCAAACAGACCUUAGCCAAGCUGCGUUCCAUGCCGGUCGAACAUGAGCUCGUUGAACUCGAGUUCCUGGAAAUCCAAGCGCAAUCAAUCUUUGAGAAGAGGACGGUUGAGGCCAACUUCCCUCAUUUGUCACAGCUGACCUGGAUCAACACAAUCAAACUCCAGUUUGUUGCCAUUGCCUCGUUGUUUAAGACGAUGCCAAUGUUCAGGCGCGUGAUUGUGGCGACAGUCACCAUGUUCUUUCAGCAGUGGACCGGCAUCAAUGCUAUCCUGUAUUACGCACCGACUAUCUUCCAGGAGCUCGGGUUGAGCUCGAACACGACUUCUCUAUUGGCUACCGGUGUGGUUGGUGUAGUCAUGCUGCUUGCCACCAUUCCCGCAAUUCUGUACAUCGACCGCAUCGGCCGUAAGCCAGCCCUGAUUUGGGGCGCGAUAGGGAUGGGGCUCUGCCAUAUCAUCGUCGCGAUCAUCUACGCAAAGAAUGAGCAUCAGUGGCCUACUCACAAGGCGGCGGGCUGGGCUUGUAUCGUCAUGGUGUGGCUCUUUGUGGCACACUUUGGUUGGUCGUGGGGACCAUGUGCUUGGAUUGUUGUUGCCGAGGUUUGGCCUUUGUCGGCUCGUCCCUAUGGUAUCGCCCUGGGUGCAUCGUCCAAUUGGAUGAACAACUUCAUCGUCGGUCAGGUUACGCCCGAUAUGAUCAGCGGCAUGCGUUACGGAACAUUUAUUCUUUUUGGCGUCCUGAUCUUCAUGGGUGCUGGCUUCAUUUUCUUCUUCGUACCAGAGACCAAGCAGCUGACUCUCGAGGAGAUGGACAUCGUGUUCGGCAGCAGUGGCGUCGCAGCUGCUGAUCAAGAGCGUAUGGCGCAGAUCAAUCGUGAACUUGGCCUCGAUCGUCUAGUGGGCGGUGGUAUCAGUCCUCCCAGCGAGCAGGAAAAGUCCGCCAACAACACCGUUGAGCUACCAACGAAGGUGUAG